AGAGAGAGAGAGAGAGAGAGAGAGAGAGAGAACUGUUCUGUGAAUCCUUUCCCCGAGGGAGAAAAACAUAGCUACUGAUUUGCAGGCAACAACAGUUAGUCCAGGCAGACGUGAUCACCUCUUUUGUGAAAAUCCUGUUGGUGACCAUCAGCAAUCAAGACUAAUUCCGAUGACAUGCAGCCACAGCGACAGGUGGAGGUGCAUAACCAUCUGAAUGGCUCACGGAUUGUGUUCUCAGACGAGGGACAGCCACACACUAGACCCCAGCAGCAGCUUCUCACCGCUCCGGAUCUGACCCAGGAAGUGCUGAUCUCACCUGGCCUGCCCACCCCGCCGCUCAGCCCAUUCCGCAUGGCCCAGCAUCCACAAGAGAAGGUGGCAGAAGUGAAUGGCAAUAACUAUCCACCUCGAAGUUUUGGAUCUUACUACGGCCCUUCGCAAAUAGGAAUGAUGUCCAAUGGUCAAUCUGGGGGAUCUUCCACCCUUCCACGGAGACCAGCGACCAGAGAGGAGCGAUUCAUCAAGUUCUCUGGCAUCGGCCCUGUGGACGAGACAGGCAUGCCUAUAGCCUCCAGAUCGAGUGUGAACAAACCCAAAGACUGGUACAAGAGCAUGUUCAGACAGAUCCAUAAGAGGCCAGAAGAUGAAAUGGAGUAUUGGUCAGCAGAAAGGAGCCAGCAGCCAGAGCCGGUGAAGGUAGACUGGCCUGCGGAGGGGAAGGACAUCUUCACCCUGGACCCGUAUGGAUCCCUGCCUGACUGGAGUGAUGAGCUGGGGGUGGGAGAGAAGCACCCAAAGCCAAAGAGCAUUUACGACUUUGAACCUGCACAGAGCAACACUCACAGCACCCCCGUGAACAGCAGCCAGCUCCAGGUACAGAGGACCCCUGAGCAGCCACGCUCCCCCUCCAUAGAGGCGACGCUGGUGUCGGAGCUGAACCGCUUCGAGGCGGAGCUGGACUCGGACAUCCGUGGGCUGGAGAGGAAGCUUUCCCAGAAGCAGCAUCAGCCGCGGCGGCGAGGCUGGGGUGAGGGCGAGAGGAGCACCACUUCAGGAAACACACCAGCCGCCGGGAGAGAGCAGGACAACAGCUGGCCAGGUGCACAACAUUCUGGAGCAAAGGUGGUGGCUCCCGUCAACCACUCCUCUGUCCCGGUCUCAGCUCCUCCGCGGGCCACAGCGCCUGGCUCAUUCUGUGCUAGAGACAGAGUCAGUCCGGCACCAGAAGCCAUGGACUUCCCACCAAAGAGAGAGGAGAAGAAGAUGAAGGCGGGCCGGGCCAAGUUCAACUUCCAAGCGCAGUCACCCAAAGAGCUGCCGCUGCAGAAAGGUGACGUGGUGUACAUCCACCGGCAGGUGGACGCCAACUGGUACGAAGGGGAGCACCACGGCCGAGCGGGCAUCUUUCCCACCAGCUACGUGGAGAUUAUCCCUCCCUCCGAGAAGCCUACGCCCAUCAGAUCCCCCACCGUUCAGGUGCUGGAGUACGGGGAAGCCGUGGCCUUGUACAACUUCACCGCCGACCUGCCCGUCGAGCUGUCUUUCAAGAAGGGGGAGGUCAUCUGCGUGACCAGGCAAGUGGACGACCAAUGGCUGGAGGGUCGGAUCCCGGGCACCUCGCGAAGUGGCAUCUUCCCCUUGAACUACGUCCAGGUCAACAAAAAGCCGCGCACCAAAACUAGCGAUGACUUGCCCGCCUCGCCCGCAUCCCCCACGUUCCCCGAGCCCCGGAGCCCCGGGCGCCCGCUCCACUCCCCGUGCCCGCGGUCACCCCUGUCCCCCUCACCCUUCACCCUCGACGCACAGCAGCACUCACCCCACAAGCCGUCCUCACCCUCCCCGCAUGGCGCCGCGUCCCCCCACCAAUCACGCUCGCCGCUCUCGUCCACUCAGACAGCGAAUGCAAAGCAGGCAGCCAAUCACUGGCCCCGUACCUCACCCGGGCCCGCCUCCCCCACGCCGCUGAACUCCCAUUGGAGUGGCACGCCGCCCACAGCUCACAGCCCUGUGGACAGAGAAGUGAAGUCACCACUGUCAACAACCAAUCACAUGCCAUCAUCUCCUCAGGGUCCGGGACUCAACGUCGGUAACAAGCCUGGAUACUCAGCACAGCCAAAUUCCCAUAAAAUUGCUCCUCCCCCGCCACAAGCCAGAACUAAUCCUGGAUCUACAGCAGUUCAGCGGACACCAUAUAAAGCGGUGUACAACUACAGGCCACAGAACAAGGACGAGCUGGAGCUGAAGGAGGGAGAUAUUUUGCAGGUGAUGGAGAGGUGUGAUGACGGCUGGUAUGUAGGUACGUCAGAAAGGACACAAGCCUUUGGGACGUUUCCAGGCAACUAUGUGACACCGGUGUAACCACUGGAAUGUUUGACUGUUAUUGGACAAGUUUGCUUUUGAGUUGUAUCCACUUUACACAGGCUCACUUGCCACAAAUGAAUGCAGUGAACUUCCUCCCCACAGACACACACAUGGACAAAAUAAGUUUGAUUUGGCAAACACACACACACACACACUCACACUCACACACACACACACACACACACACACACACACACACACACACACACACACACACACACACACACACACACACACACAAAUGCACACACAAAUGCACACACACACACACACACACACACACACACACACUUCUCCUCUAAUUUCCUGACUCGGCAUUGAUCUGCAUGCAGUGUUACCACAAAAUAUCCAGAAAGCAAUCCCAUCACUGCCAUCACUUUUUCUCAGCAUGUGUGUGGGACUCACAACACUCCUCAGAAAUGGACACUGCAACAUGGGGUUUGGGCACUUUGGACUUGAUGCAGGUUAAACUAUAUAGGUUUCACUAUAUACAUAGGACGAUUGGACACUCCAAGCUGGUUGUUUGCAAAAAAAAAAAAAAUUGGUUGUUCCUGCAAAAGCCCAUCACCCAGGUCUGCAUGGUCUGAACCAUCACCAGUGUCAGUGGCAUCUCACGGCACCCUCUCCACCAGCACAGACCAGCACAUGAUGUUUACUCGGUCUAAAGCAGCCCUGUCAAAAGAUGUCUUGCACUUUGAUUUCAGAUUUGUAACAGCAUCGCGGAUGACCCGAGGACGGUGAGAAGAAAGUGACAGUAAAUGUGUGUGGAGUGGACCGCUUUAAGGCUUUUGCGUUAUCAACAGAUUAUAAUGUCAUACAAUCAGAUUCCACAAGUAUCUUUGUAUUGUAUUCCUCUUUUUGUGUUGUAUGAACAGGCUUCUUCAUAUCCCAGCAACUCACCGUGCAGCAUUUGACAGAGCUUGAACGUUAACAUUAACAGUAUACAACAUAUAGAAAAGCUUUUUUUUAUGGCCAAACAUGAUCAUGAUGAUAUGUGACUUAUUUUUUUGUGGAGGACUGAAUCAAGUGGAAACAUGAAUAACUGCAACAGCAGCAGCAACAACAACAACAACAACAACAGCUUUAUCAAUUCAGUAAAAUGUUUUCAGUGUUGAACUUG